AUGGCUUUCGACGUGGUGCAGCCGAAUGAGGUGACAGCUAAAGGACAGAGCCUUGUGAUCUGUCAUGGAUUAUUUGGAUCGAAACAGAAUUGGAGAUCAUUGGCCAAAACGUUCGCUUCGAAGCUUGGUAUGCCCGUGUACACUCUGGAUCUGAGGAAUCAUGGCACCUCGCCUCAUGCUGAACCACAUACUUACUCGGCGAUGUCAGAGGAUAUAUCGCAUUUCCUCAAGAAACACGGUCUGCAUGAGGGAGUAAAUUUGAUGGGGCAUAGUAUGGGUGGAAAAGCAGUGAUGGCUUUUGCUCUAAACGAGAAACUCAAUAAACCUUUGCGAUCAUUGAUCAGUGUGGAUAUGUCGCCUGCUAUAGGGAAGAUAUCAUCUGAGUUCGCAGCAUAUACCGAGUCGAUGAUGGAGAUCGAACGUGCUCAGGUAAAGACAAAACAUGAUGCCGAUAAAAUUCUAGCUAAGAUCGAACCUUCUUUACCGACACGUCAAUUCCUUUUGACAAACACUCGUCAGACGCACGGACACGAUCCCCACUUAGUCUUCCGUAUCCCACUUCAACUCCUUUCGAAAGCUAUCACCGAUAUUGGUCAAUUCCCUUAUACCCCUCCUCCGCCUGUAUCAGAACAUUCGCCGAUAUGGGAAGGACCGACGUUAUUCCUCAAAGGAUCACAUUCAAAGUACAUAAAUAGGAAGAAUAUACCUGUGGCUCAGGCGUUCUUCCCCAAGAUGAAAUUGAAAGAAUUGGAGACGGGACAUUGGGUACAUGCUGAGAAACCUCAUGAGACUGUACAGCUGGUUAAGGAUUUCGUGGAAAGUGUGUAA